UUAUUUUUAUAUCUAAAAGUUUGGAAUUGGAUGAGAGCACAGAUGUGAGAGAGAGAAAGAAAGAAAUCAAUGACGAAUCAGUUAUCUUCUCAACUACCCAAUAUUCUUUUUUCACAUUAUUUUCGAUCCACUAAACUAUAAUUUAAAGUCAACUAUGUCGACUUCCUGCUGCAAAUUGAUGACAUCUCCGCAUCUUGAUGAACAAAUGUCAAUUGCCCUUGUGAAGAAGAGAAAAAGACACAAACUUUUUAUCAAUUGUAUUAUAUUAUAUUAUUAUUUAUUUGGGAUAAAUUUGUGGGGUUUUCUUGUUUUCUGGAAACCCUAAAAUUGGAAAGUCAGAGAAAUUAUUAUUUCAGACAUUUAAUGUAGUAGUUCUUGAAAAAGGGUUUUAUUUUUCCUUGUCGGAAUUUGCUGAUUUUGGAAUGAUGGGAGGCGGUUUUUCUGUUAGAAUUGUUUGUUUCUUGAUCUUGCUGCAGUUUCUUGAUUCUUGCUCUGCUCUGCCUCUCUGUACUGAUUCAAGAGCGCCCUUUACCCCAACUUCUCCUCUGCAGUUCUGCCCCUACAAUGGAACCACUUGCUGCAGUUAUACAGAUGAUUUAAGUUUGAAGAAGCAAUUUUCGUCGAUGAAUAUUUCGAAUCCUGGCUGUGCUUCUGUACUUAAAUCCAUCCUUUGUGCGAGGUGUGAUCAAUUUUCAGCCGAUCUUUUCCGAGUCGACUCGGGCAGUCCUCGAGAAGUUCCCGUUCUUUGCAACUCCACCGCGUCAUCGAAUUCGACAAACUUCUGCUCACAAGUGUGGACAGCUUGCCGGAAUAUUCCCAUUCUGAACUCACCCUUUGCCGUUCCGUUACAAGGCCGAGCGGCCCCACCGACAAACUCAAGCAACUCCACCAAACUAACCGACAUCUGGCAGUCGCAGAUAGACUUCUGCAAUUCCCUCGGCGGACCGUCACCACCGUCAUCGAACGAUGGUCCACAGUGCUUCAACGGUGCACCCGUCACAUUGGAUAACACCGCACCCCCACCACCCCCUCCGAGCGGUAUCUGCCUCGAGAAAAUAGCAAACGGGUCCUACCUCAACAUGGCUGCCCACCCAGACGGGUCGAACCGUGCCUUCUUCGCGAACCAGCAGGGCAAGAUUUGGUUGGGGAAUAUUCCCAAACAGGGCUCGGGCGAGAUGUUGGAGCUCGAUGAGGCGAGCCCGUUUCUUGACAUAACCGAUGAAGUGCAUUUCGAUACCGAAUUCGGAAUGAUGGGAAUUGCUUUCCACCCGAAAUUCGCAGAAAACGGGCGUUUUUUUGCUUCGUUUAGUUGCGAUAAGGCCAAGUGGCCCGAUUGUGCGGGCCGGUGCGCGUGUAACUCCGAUGUGGACUGCGAUCCGUCGAAGCUGCCUCCAGAUAACGGGGCGCAGCCUUGUCAGUUCCAAAGUGUUGUAGCGGAGUUCACCGUUAACGGGUCUUCCUCGGAAAAAGGUGCUAAUCCUUCGGAAGUUCGAAGAAUAUUCACGAUGGGACUUCCGUUUACGUCACACCACGCGGGACAAAUCCUAUUCGGACCGAGAGACGGGCAUUUGUACUUUAUGAUGGGAGAUGGUGGAGGUAUAGGUGAUCCGUACAAUUUUGCUCAAAACAAGAAAUCUUUACUCGGGAAGAUCAUGAGAUUUGACAUUGAUAAUAUUCCGAGUCCAACCGAAGUUGACCAGCUUGGUCUAUGGGGAAACUAUUCGAUUCCGAAAGACAAUCCUUACAAAGAAGAUAAAGAAUUGCAGAAAGAAAUAUGGGCUAUCGGAUUACGAAAUCCUUGGCGCUGCAGUUUCGAUUCUUCGAGACCUUCGUAUUUUUUAUGUGCUGACGUAGGACAGGAUGGAUUCGAAGAGGUGAAUUUGAUAAGCAAGGGUGGGAAUUACGGGUGGCGGGCUUACGAGGGGGCCCGCCCCUACUUUCCUCCUCAGUCGCCCGGAGGAAAUACUUCGUUACGCUCGAUAAACCCGAUUUUUCCGGUUAUGGGAUAUAAUCACUCCGAUGUGAACUCGAAUGGAGGCUCAGCAUCAAUUACUGGUGGCUACUUUUAUAGAUCGAUGACCGAUCCUUGUUUGCAUGGAAGGUAUUUGUUUGCAGACCUUUAUGCAGGUGCUAUAUGGGCAGGCACCGAAAAUCCGAUCAGUAGCGGCAACUUCACAAGCAGCAAAAUAUCUUUCGACUGCGCAGACGACUCCCCUUUGAGCUGCACUUUCACUCCCGGGAGUCCACUUCCCGCUUUGAGCUACGUUUUCUCGUUCGGCGAAGAUAAUGAAAAAGACGUUUUUCUCCUCACUAAUAGUGGAGUUUACAGGAUCGUUCUUCCCAGUCGUUGCAACUACACAUGCGCGAACGAAAACGAGUCUACAGCCGUCACAUCACCGCCCGGCCCUUCGGCUCCUCCUCCUCCUUCGAUGGCAACUCCGUUGAGAGGUCCGUACGGGACUUUUGUGGUCGUGAUGAUUUCGUUUUUAUAUGGUUGUUGCUUCUUCUUCUUCUCUUGAAUCUUUGUUUUGGAGAAAAUUUACUUAAAUGUUACAUUGUUCCUCGCAUUUGGCUUUUGUUGUUGAUUGGAAUUUACGACGAGAAAUGUUGAGUUGCAUCUUAAUUGAAGGAUUUGGAGGAAGGAUUUUAAA